CAACAGAGUUUGCGAUGCGCCGCGCUUGCGUACGAUGACGAGUCACAUAACGCGUAAUUUCGCGACGGAUCGUCAGGGUCGGUCAGGGCCGUUCUUGUUUAUUUAUUUCCCAACAAAAAUUAUCGACGGGGGGAGGAUUGACAUUCUUGGCGUCUCUUUUUUUCCCUCGCUCUUCCGUCCUUUGUCUAUCCCUCGCACUGGGCUCUCGCCUCCGCACAGUCCCGUGUUUACUCUCGUCCACGGUCUUACAUGCUGCAAACGACGGGAGUAGUAGGGGGAGGGGGUAGGCCCUCCUAAUGAGGACGUUAUAACUUCGAUUUUCGGUCGCAAAGUAUGGGAUGAUCGAGGGAUGUCGGUAGUGCGACAAAGACAGAGGAGCAGUUCUCCUGUCUGUUUCACUGCAACCCUCAACAGCAGCGACGCAUAGCGACAGUAGCGCGAGUGAAAAACCGCUUCGUUACGAUGACUCCCCCCACCACUGAAAAUUCGCUUCGUUUCCAGACCUCUAUAUAAAACCGUGUUCUCAUCACUCAUGCUUGCACUACAAUGUGUUUACGUUGUAACUCGGGAAACGCUGUUCGCGCAUAAGGAGCGAAUCACGUUGAGUGCAGUAUGAAGCGUGUGACUGAAGAAAACAAUGAAGCCAAACGGGCCUACGUCAAGCAGGAUUCCAUCAAUUUCGGAUACGAUGCUUCCUCGUACGCUAAUUACUCAUCCUCACCUUCCACUGUCGCCCAACCUCUACCAGGACAACCGCCUCUGCCUCCUAUGCCUCCACCCCCCAGUGGAGUCCCACCUCCGCCACAUGUAUUUGGACCAGUGCCUUCCCAAGUCGCACCCAUACAGUGGACACAUCCACACACCCCUUGGCAAUGGAUAACGCCACAGACCUCCCCGUUACCACCUCCAACUCCGCGCGAAAUGACUAAUACCUUUCAGAGAGAGGUGCCUCUUAGAGGUAACUAUGUACAUCGCAAAAGAUUUACUCAGAAUAGAAACAAUAUGUAUGUUCAGAAGAAUACCUUUUAUCGUAAAAGUAGACGGUUGACGCGAUUUGGGCAGUCACAGGGUCAGUUCGAUCAAGCCGCGUAUUUUGGCGCGACGUUGACGGGUGGUCUCGGUUUGGAUUGGCAAAGAAAUAAUUAUACCACGACGGCAAACGAUGCUAUAAUAAAUCACAUGACCGUUCCUCUACCCAAUCCUAUUCCCCCAAUUCCGCCUGGAAUCGUGAGCGGUAGGCACGGCGGAGAGACGGAGGAUCAGGACAUGAAAAUUGUACUGGAGGAGGUUGUAGUCAAGAAGAGUAAACAAAGGAAGCCGAUGUCACAAAGCUACCCCAGCAGGCCGUGGAACAAAGAGGACGCAGAGAGGGCCUUGAAAACUGAAAAUGAAUAUAACAAGAAACUGAAGGCGCAGAGCUUGAUAAUCAAGUUUCCCGAUCCGGAUCUGAAUAAGGAUAUCGUUCGAUUGUUUCAUUCUGGUAUACAGAACAUACAUUUCCAGAGUCCCAGUGGGCCGAGAUACUGUUUCAUCCAGAUGGCGGAGAGCGUGAAUAUUGACGACGCCAUAAAGGAAUUGGAGAAGAUCCGUUUUGGCAUUGGACACUUGAAGGUCGAGAGGAAAUCGUUGAGAGACGAGGAUAACCCGAUGCCCGAGGAGAUAGAUCCGUAUACUUUGUAUAUAGGAAAUUUGCCCGAGUCCGUUAAAAUAAAUGAAGUAGAAAGUAAAUUCCCGACAGCCACGCGAAUAGACGUAGGAUACGCGCAAAAGAUGAGAAAUACUCGAUAUGCUUUUAUAAGGUACAAUAGCGUAGACGAAUCGAUAUCAGCUUACAAAAAAGCGCACGAUCUGAUGUGGGACACGAGGAGCAUCAUUGUUAGAUUUCGACGGCAGCGAGGCAACGCUGGCCUUCCGGGAGAGCCGAAACCUAACGUCAAGAAAGUUAAGGCGGAACCAAAUAAUGCUGAACAAGUGAAGAAGGAACAACAGAGCGCCAAUCACGAGUCCAAGUCCAACAGCAAGAAGCCGAAGGAGGAAGGAAGUAGCGCUGGUCAAGUGAAGAAGGAAGAUAAAAUUAAUCACGCGGAUGUAUCGUCGAAGCAGGACGCGGAUAGCGUGGAAGCGCGGUUGGAAGAUAAUUCCAACAAGGGACAGAGCAAACCGCCGGUCCCGCAGGUGCAGGAACAAAACGCGAACUCUCAUUCCUCUACGUUGCCGACUUCGAUCACGUCGGCUAAAACGGUGCAAGAACAGCAACAGCAACCCUGGACGUCGCAGCCUCCUCAGAUACCGUCAGCAUCAGAGGCUCCGCCACCAUGUCCAGCCGAAGCGGAAGCUGUCGAGGAGACGAUAAUGCUUACCGAAAUAAAAGAGGAACCCAUAGAUUACGAGGAGAUGGACGUGGCUUGUAACAUGCAGUCGGACGACGACGACGACGAUGACGACGAUGACGACGAUGAUGACGAAGAGGAGCCGGAUGACACCGACGACGAGGUUGACAUUGAAGGUGGCUUCGAGGAGGACGAUGAAGACAUCGACGAUGAGGGAAAUAUAAGAUUCGCUAACAAAUCUUUGGACACCACGUACGACAAUGAAGAAGAACCGUCUGAUUAUCUCGAUCAAAUGUUCAGCGAGCUGGAAGACAUGACGGGCGAUAUUAGUUUCUUGAAAAAUUAAACGGAUUAUCGUUUCGAUCGUGAUCAGUGAUUUGUUCGAUCGCUCUUUUCCGCUGCGAUUUUUAGGAAACUUUAAGUUUCUAUGUAAUGUGUAAAUAUCUCAGUAAUACAAAUGAAGACUGUAUGUAUUUAAGUAAGCGGUAGUAUAAGCAGUUACAGUACAGUUCUGAUUAAGCAUUUUAUAAUUAUAGUUUUUUUUUCCAAUGAAUUUUUUCAAGGUUUAAUUAUCACACUUAGGUGCGAAAUUGUGUAAACUAUUGUAUCAUUAAAAAUUAUUAUUUUGUAUAUUCUCUGUAGUGAUUAAUCUGUUCGUCAUCACGCGCCAAUCUAUACGAUUCUUUUUUGUACGAUGCGUAGAGCUGCAGACACGAAGUAACCGGGGAGCCAGUGUUACACUGUAUUUUCCGUAAUUAUAAAUCUAUGAAUUGAUGUCAAUUAUAGUCAGAAGAUUACGAGCUUGCGAAACAAAAUAUAACAGUUAAUAUUCUACGA